CCUAUUUCUAUAAACCCCAACUAUAAUUCUCUUUUUUUUUUUUUUUAUUAUUCCUAAUCAAUUUCAAUAAAAACACGCAGAAUUCUGCUGCUGAUUUAUGUGUGAUUGUUGAUAUUCAUGGCUUCCAGCGGAAACAAGAGCAUCAACGCCAAACUAGUGCUUCUGGGAGAUGUAGGGGCUGGAAAAUCGAGUUUAGUUCUUCGUUUCGUGAAAGGGCAAUUCGUCGAGUUUCAGGAGUCGACUAUAGGUGCCGCGUUUUUUUCGCAAACAGUUGCCGUGAGCGAUGCAACUGUUAAGUUUGAAAUAUGGGACACUGCAGGCCAAGAAAGAUAUCACAGCUUAGCUCCAAUGUAUUACAGAGGAGCUGCGGCUGCUAUUAUUGUUUAUGACGUAACUAACCAAGCAUCCUUUGAUCGGGCCAAAAAAUGGGCUGAGGAGCUUAAGGCACAAGGCAACCCAAAUAUGGUCAUGGCUCUUGCUGGGAAUAAAUCAGAUCUGUUGGAUGCCAAAAAAGUGGAAUCCGAGGAAGCACAAACUUAUGCGCAGGCGAAUGGUCUUUUCUUCAUGGAGACAUCUGCAAAAACAGCAACUAAUGUUAAUGACAUAUUUUAUGAGAUAGCAAAGAGAUUGCCUCGUCUGCAGCCAGCGCCGAACCCAUCAGGCAUGGUCCUUGUGGAUCGAACAGCGGAGAGGCCAGCGAGCGCCUUGUGUUGUUCUUGAGAGUCUGAGACCGACCACUCACAUUUGUUGUGUACAAACAGUGAAACAGUGGUGUGUUAUUGUGUUGUGUCAUAAAAUUCUUCAUGGAUAUAGCAUUGUAUCAUUCCGUCCAUUCAUUCAGAUUGUGUAGAUGACUUCAAUUGCUCAGA